GCGGCCGUCCGGCCGCGGGCUCCGCCCCCCGGUGCCGAGGGGGAGGUGGCAGGUGUGAGGUACCUGGGGUAGAGCCCCCUUCGUCUGGAAAGUUCUUCGCGAGAAGGCUGCUGGCGUGGCAGGAAUCGUGUAACAAGAAAAGAAGAAAAAAAAAAUCAACCGAACAAAAAAACCCUGCCUACCUACAAGCUCAUCUCCGCGUAGGACCGGUGCACUGCCGCCGCUGCCAGCUCCCGGCCCCGGUCAGCGCUCCGAGAUGCGCGGGUCGGGGCGAGCGUCUCUGGUGCUCGUCGGACUGCUCCUCCACAGCCUGCAAGUGAUCUUUUCAGCUAACGCAGGUUUCUCUAUGUCCAUAUAUGAUGUGGCCUCAAGAAGCAUUUAUCUCAGAUGGUCCAAGUUUUCAGGAGCCUCUUCUUACAGAGUCACAGCUACAGCUGUGAAUACUGUGGGCCAUUCUUUACCGGCUCAUUUUAGUGGUGUUACACUUAAGGGCACUCUAACUUCGUUAAUUCCCAAUACUGUCUAUAGUAUACAAGCAGAAGCCAUAGACAAGAAUGGAAUUAUUCUGGCAGAAACACAGGCUAUGCAAUCAACAGCUCCAGAUGUACCUGUUAUCGAUCAAGCUUACUCAAAACUUAGCAGUAGUAUCACAGUGGAAUGGAGAGCGGUACCUGGAGCUACUAGUUAUCUGCUGUUUGCACAGGAUGGAGAUUCCUGUGUCGAAACUGUAGUCACAAAAUCACCAGGUACAGUGAUGGGAUUGAAACCAGCCACCUGGUACAGAGUCACUAUCAGAUCUGUAAAUGCAGGAGGAAAGAGCCGGCCUUCACCUUCCAGAAAAACAGCAACAGUCUUGUCUGCUCCAGUUCUGUCUGUCAGUUCCCCGAGGUGUGAUUCCAUUGCAGUGAGCUGGAAAGCUGUGUAUAUGGCAGCUGGAUUCUCUGUGUCCCUGAUGAGAUCAGACGGUUUGGGCAGAAUGCUGAAGCAGAACACCACCAACACCUCCUUCGUAUUUUCAAAUCUAGAUCCAGGAACUCUCUAUACUAUAAAAGCAUAUGCCUGGAAUGUCAAUGGUCUUCCUGGAGAUGAUUUCACAUAUAAUCAAAGAACGCGUCCUAAGGCACCAGCAGAUGUUCAAGUAGCUUUCGGUAGCGGAGCUUUAAGAGCUGUUGUUUCUUGGACGCCAACAGAAGGAGCUCUGACUUACAGUGCGACAGCCUCCAGCGGACUCUUGAAACUCAAGUGUAACACAUCUUCUUCCUCCUGCAUAGUACCGUCGCUCCAGUGUGGGUCUGAAUAUUCUGUUUCUGUCGCAGCACAUAAUGAUGCUGGAUCCAGCAAUCCUACUGAUGCAAUAAGCUUACAAACUAUUCCUUGUGCACCAGGAAAUGUAUCAAUUGAAGAGGAUGAACGUGGAAACUUGUUGGUAUCAUGGUCUAGAGUAAAUUUUGGUCAUUAUUAUGUGGUUUUUGUGAAGAGCGAUGAUGGCUUGGAAGUAUACUGCAACACAUCACGUACACAAUGCCAUUUCCAGUCAGACUGUGGUUUCACCUAUUUCGUUAGUGUCUUUGCAUAUAACAAAGCGGGGCAGAGUCCUUUAGGUGAUGUAUUCAAUUACACCACCGCACCGUGCUGCCCCAGCGACUUCCACGCCGUGCUGGUGUCGAGCGACACAGUGCAGGUGAGCUGGGCUCCUGCCCGCGGUGCUGAAAUGUACGAGACCAAGGCUGCCUCCUGGAGAGGGACGGUGCUGUGCAACGACACCGCCACCGCCUGCACCCUGUCCGCUCUGCGCUGCAACACCCGCUAUAAUGUCACCGUUUACUCCUUCAGCGAGGCCAGGGGCAGCAACGCAUCGUGUGCAUCUAAGUUUGUGGCAACAGCUCCCUGCAGUCCUGAAAUUAAAAAUAUUUCAAAGGAGGCUCUUUCUGUGGUCAGCGUGCACUGGCAAUCUGACAAUGAGGAAGCUACAUAUAUCGUAACUGCCCGAGGAGAGGCUGGACUUUGGCAUUGUGCAAGCUCCGGAAACUCUUGUACCCUAAUUAAUCUUCCCUGUGGAUCUGCUUUCUCUGUUAGUGUUACAGCAAGAUCACCAGCUGGACAGAGCUUACCAAGCUACAGCGUCCCUUUAGAGACCGCUCCUUGUUGCCCUAAUGACCUGACUCUAACUCAAGUGACACAGUCUGUAACAAAUAUCAGCUGGUCAGUUGGAAUGGGUGCGCACACAUACGCAACAACACUGGAGUCUCCAAAGGGACAGGCAGAAUGUCACACUCUUCAAAACUACUGUCUCCUGGGAUGCAUCACAUGUGGCACCAACUACACAGUAUCUCUGACAGCAAUCAGUGAAACUGGUUUGACGUCCCGUUGCACAUAUCAAGGAUAUUCUUCGAGUGCUUGCUGUCCUUCCAGAGUGAAGCUAUAUAGACUUGGCAGUAACAGUAUCCGGGUAUACUGGCGAGCUUCUGAAGAAACAAUAAGCUACAGUACCGAUUUACGUGGCUCAAAAGGCAAUUUCACCUGUACACCUAGCUCGGGUCUAAGUUACUGCGAUAUCACUGAGAUACCUUGUGGGGACGUCUACACAGUGGUAGUAUCUCCAGCUACUGAUAAGAGGCCGAAGCUUACAUUUUGUCCUAAAAAAAUAUAUUCAGUAACCUGUUCUGGAAGCUCUGUUGGAAUGGGUAAGAACACACACUACAUUCAUGCCAAAAUUCGUGUUCGUAAAAGCAUAUUAGCACUGCGUAAAUCCAAGUAAGUUGCAAAUAAUAAAUAUUUGACCGUCAAAACUUAGCGUUAUGCAGGUUUGUCUCACCCCUCAUCUUAUAAUGCAUAAUUUAAAAAACAUCUUUACCUACAUUGUUGCCUGCGUACCAUCAUGCCGUUCCACACAGUCACAUGACAUUUACUGUUUAUCUAAUAGUACAUAAUAAAAGGCAGGCUUAUCUUUUAUAGCCCAGCCAUAUUCAAUUCUAAAUUAAACAAGGUCACUGCUCUAAAUGUGACUUAGCUGAAUCCAUUCUACUUCAUUUCACAAGGGUUUCAACACGAUAGUCUUGUGCUCCAUUUCUCUAUAUAAGAUGCUGGAAACAACUUUGAACGCAUUUCACUAGAGAAUUGCUUUUCCAUAACUGGAAUUAUAUUAAUUUCUGAAUUGUUACAGUGAUUUACAGAGGAAAGGGCCAUGCAGAACAUGUCUAGACGGAAAUUCUGGAUCAAAUAGGGAGGUAAGUUAUAAUGUCAUAAUUAGGAUUACAAUGUACUAAUCAGACUUAUUCUUCUGCUUAAAUUUUUAGAAUUAGAGAAAGAAGCUUAAUCAAAUCUUAUCAAAUAUAACUGACCUGUUGAAGUCCAUCAUAUUUACCUCAUGUUGUCUACUCCUAUUAUCAAUACUGAUUGAUCCCCUCCUUCAGUAACCCACCUUUCACUCCCUUGUGUAAUUUCGAAUACAAUUUUGUCACUCUUUGCCAGAAGCGAAGCAAGCAGAUCAAGAUACUCUCCGCUCCUCAUUUUAUUUUCCUAUCUAACAUGACUCCUUCUCCCUUCCUCAAAGUACUAGUUUUCUGGGCAAUUCACUGUCCUUGUCUCAGAAGGAUAAGGAUGGUGACAAGUCACUGCUGUCCUUUUUUCUUCUACUCUCCCUCCCCCCGGUUGAUCAUUUCCUCUUCGCUGCUCUCCUUCAGCUACCCUGGAUGUUACAGAUGUUAACAUCAUUCUCCCUGAACACCCUUUCCCUGAAGCUGGAAAGAUGAUCUACGCGUAACUGCAACAGUCAUAGCUGCUUGAGGAUGGGGAAGAGGAAAGCUGGAGAUUUAAGCUAUGGAAUUAAGCUACUCAUAGGAUACUGAAUUUCAGCCUUAACUGAUGAGAUCACUCUUAAAAUACGGCUGAACAUAAGAGACCCUGGUAAUCUUGAACUGUAAUUUUCAACGUAAAGCAAUCAGUUCUGAAAGCUGUUCCAGAACAAUUACUAAUCAAUCAGUGUUCUAGACCUAAUGCAUCACUGAAAUAGUAAAGGCUGAAAUUAAGAGUGAAGUGUAACAACAACGAGCACUUCAGGUGCACCCAAAACUAGAGACUUAAGUAAGCAUGCUAUGCCUAUUUACAUUUGAUAAAAAGUGCAUCUAUCCUCCUUAACUUUCAGAGGUAAUUCACGAGGGUAAACUCAACAUCCUCUUUACGUUUUUUGUUUUGUUGCUGAACUAACAGUUAUUACUAACAUUAACUUCUUGGUUUUCAGAAAAGGCAGAACAUUUCCUCAUACUCCACCCACUGUGGUUACUUCUUCAGCCAACACAGACCUGUCGAAGGAUAAGCUUUUCUUAAAGCUCAAUUUAAAAUUUAGGUAAAAAUAUAACCAGACAACAACUGAACAACUUCAGUAGCAAGAGAUUUCUCAUACUGUGGAUCGUGGUGAUAAAGGAAAGACUAACUCCUCAUAAAACAGUAAGAGCAAAGAGGGAGAAAAAUAUUCUUAUUUUUGCUUCCUUAAAUAAGUGGAAAUUGUAUUACUAAAAAUCAAGCUUUUUUUCUUCUCCUUGAGGAUUAGUGACAACUGUUUUACUCCUGUAAGAUUUAAGGUACAGCAAACGAGUGAAUAUUCAGGUAAAUGUUGUGGAGGGUUUUUUUGUUGGUUUGUUUUUAAAUGCUAGUACUUAAAUACGUAAUAUCCUGGAUGCCCUGCGUCAUGCAGAAGCAAAAAGGCAAAACAUGCGUUUAUUCCUACCUUCGGGUCACUUCAUGACCGACUUACCCUUACAUUCUUCCCAUUUUCUGGGCUACUCCAUUUCUUUUUUAGGUAAAUAUUCUAUACAAUUACAUAAAAUG